AUGGUCCUGGGCUGGAGUCACCGCACCAGCAUCCCCCUCAAUGGGCCCUGGAUGAUGGACACUGUCUGGAAAUGCCUUCUAAGGCACCCCCAGCCAGAGUCCCUGGCUCUGUCUGCGCCUGCUCACCACCUGGCUCAAGACCCGGGAAUCCCAGGGAGUGGUCACUCGUGGGACACUCCUGUGGGGCGCCGGCGAGUCCUGGAGCAGCAGGAAGCAGAGGGGGCGCCAGGUGCAGGAGAGGCGGCCAUGGGGGCGCGCGGCGGGACCCUUCUGCUGCUGCUGCUGCUGCUGCUGGUGGUGGUGGCGGUGCUGGUGUCGUGCGUGAGACCCGAGAACCCGCCGGACGUGCUCUCAGGGCCAUGUGGCCACCGCACCGUGCCGUCGCGCGUGAUUGGUGGAGAGGACUCCGAGCUCGGCCGCUGGCCAUGGCAGGGGAGCCUGCGCCUAUGGGGCACCCAUUCCUGCGGAGCGAGCCUGCUGAACCGCCGCUGGGUGCUGACGGCUGCUCACUGCUUCGAAUGGUCUGAGGAUCCCGAUGAGUGGACCGUCCAGUUUGGGGAACUGAGUGCCGUGCCAUCUUUGUGGAACCUGCAUGCCUACUACAAUCGUUACCAAGUGGAGAAUAUCUUUGUGAGCCCCAAGUACCCAGGGACAUAUCCGUAUGACAUUGCACUGCUGAGGCUGUCUUCCUCUGUCACCUUCACUAAGGAUAUCCAGCCCAUCUGCCUUCUGCCCUCCACAUUCAAGUUUGAGAACCGGACUGACUGCUGGGUGACUGGCUGGGGAGACAUCCAAGAGGAGACGAAUCUGCCCUACCCCUACACUCUCCAGGAAGUACAGGUGGCAAUCAUCAACAACUCCAUGUGUAACCACCUGUUCGAAAAGUCAGACUUCCGCAUGAACAUCUGGGGAGACAUGGUCUGUGCUGGCAACCCUGAAGGCGGCAAGGAUGCCUGCUUUGGCGACUCAGGAGGACCCUUGGUCUGUGACCAGGACGGACUAUGGUAUCAGGUUGGAGUUGUAAGCUGGGGAGUGGGCUGUGGUCGGCCCAAUCGGCCUGGAGUCUACACCAACGUCAGUCAGCACUUCAGCUGGAUCCGAAGGACGAUGAUCAACAAUGGCACCCCCAGGCCUGGCCCCUCCCCACUGCUGCUAGUCCUUAUUGUGUCCUGGGCUCGCUGGCUCCUGGGGCCAGCCGAGCCCACCUGGCCUGUGUAG